GUGCCCCUUUCAUUAAAAUAUUAAAGAAGUCACCAGCAAAACAUUGAUAAUCAACAUGUUGGAGAGGAAUAGGUGAGAGUUAGGUAACGCGUUCAAUCUCUUAAAUUAAAAAGAUUUUGAAGUGUUUUUUUCCCUAUAAAUAGUAGCAGUCUAGGUGCAAUAUUUCAGCAAGAAAGUCUUGCCUGCUAAGAAAAUCAGGAGUGAAAAAUGGAGAAACAAAUAGAAGGGUCUAAGAAGAGGGUGAUGGUGAUCAUAGAUGAGAGCGAGUACAGUUAUCAUUCCUUCAUGUGGGUAGUUGACAAUCUCAAAGAAUUUAUCACUGAGUCGCCGCUUGUCAUCCUUGCUGCACUUCCUGCUCCUAACUGUAAAUUUUUUUAUGGGGCACAGUUUGGCACCGCUGCCCUCUGUUGUCCAGUCUCUCCCAUCUCUCCCACCCUAGAUUUGAUCUGUGCCAUUCAAGAAAAAAACAAGAAGAUCUUAUUAGGUAUCUUGGAGAAAGCUGUGAAUAUCUGUGCUAGUCGAGGGGUGAAAGCAGAAACAAUUUUAGAAGCCGGGGAGCCUUAUGAACUCACAUGCAAUGCUGUUCAGAAGAACAAUAUUAAUCUCCUCGUGAUUGGUAACACAUCCAUUAAUGGAACUCUCAAAAGGGAUUUUCUGGGGAGACUGAGCAACUAUUGCCUGAAUAAUGCCAAGUGCCAUGUCCUUGUUGUGAAGAAACCAGAAUGAAUAAGCAUCAGUCCAUUUCAACAGGGAAUUACUAUGUAAUUAAUAAGUUGUUUGGACAUCAUUUGAUAUGGUUUUCCUGUUUUCAUUACAUGUAAAACGUUAUCAUGUGGUAAAUCAAGAAAGCUGCAAUAAUAUUGUUUGGUUGUUCAAGAAA